UGAGAGGAGCAGGUCUGACUGAACACAUAAUUCCUGCACCGACUCUUGUGACUAUGGCGGCCAAUGAGGUUGAUGUUUUCGCAAAUGAAGAGAAGCGAAACUUGGAGCUCAGAGGCCAUGUUGGGUUUGACAGUCUCCCUGAUCAGCUGGUCAGCAAGUCAGUCGCUCAGGGAUUCUGCUUUAACAUCCUUUGCGUAGGUGAGACUGGGAUUGGCAAGUCCACAUUAAUGAACACUCUCUUCAAUACAACAUUUGAAAACGAGGAAGCCAGCCACUAUGAGAAAGAGGUACAGUUACGCCCUCAAAUGUACAAUCUGCAGGAGAGCAACGUCAAGCUCAAGCUGACCAUUGUGCACACUGUGGGGUUCGGAGACCAGAUCAACAAAGAAGACAGCUACAAACCCAUUCUUGAGUAUAUUGAUACUCAGUUUGAAAAGUACCUUGAAGAGGAAAUGAAAAUAAAACGCUCCCUGUUUAACUGCCAUGACACAAGAAUCCACAUCUGCCUGUAUUUCAUCGCCCCUAACGGGCACUCCCUGAAGUCCUUGGAUCUUGUUACAAUGAAGAAACUGGACAGCAAGGUAAACAUCAUCCCUGUUAUUGCAAAGGCAGACACGGUGUCCAGGAGUGAACUGGACAAAUUAAAGAUCAAAAUAAUGAGUGAGCUGGUCAGUAAUGGAGUGCAGAUUUAUCAGUUUCCCACAGAGGAUGAAGCUGUUGCAGAAAUCAACUCCUCCAUGAAUACACAUCUUCCCUUUGCUGUGGUUGGAAGUGUUGAAGACGUUAAAGUUGGCAAUAAGAUGGUGAAAGCGCGGCUGUACCCCUGGGGAUCAGUACAGGUGGAAAAUGAAAACCACUGUGAUUUUGUGAAGCUGAGGGAGAUGCUGCUGCGUGUGAACAUGGAGGAUCUCCGAGAGCAAACGCAUGCUCGACACUAUGAGCUCUACCGUCGCUGCAAGCUGGAAGAGAUGGGCUUCAAGGACACAGACCCAGACAGCCAAUCAUUCAGCCUCCAGGAAACAUAUGAAACCAAGAGGAAGGAGUUUCUUGUGGAUCUGCAGCGCAAAGAGGAAGAAAUGAGACAGAUGUUUGUCAACAAAGUGAAGGAGACAGAAGCAGAGCUCAAAGAAAAGGAAAAGGAGCUCCAUGAGAGGUUCGAGCAGUUGAAGCGAAUGCACCAGGAAGAAAAAAAGAAUCUGGAGGAGAAAAGACGAGAGCUAGAGGAGGAGAUGAAUGCCUUCAACAGAAGAAAGGUCGCAGCGGAGACACUGAUGGGACAAGCACUGCAAGGUUGCUCACAGCCAUUCAAGAAGGACAAGGACAAGAAGAAUUGAUUUAUCCAACAUCCAGGGAUACCAGGAAUGUGUCUGCCAUCAGCAUGGGAAAAAGGCCUGUCAUAUCUGACAUUACUUCCUGGCACUGUAUGUGUGGUGUCACAGUGACUGCACGUAUGUGAGCCUAAUAAAGUGAUGGCUCUAAGCCACUGUUUACUUAUGGGUCAAAAAGGUAGCUUUGCUUUGUGUUUUUGAUUUGUCCCUAAUGCUGACUGUGCUCAACACACAAUCCGCUUAACGUUUUUUUUUUUUUUUUAACACAUUUUAUACUUUGUUUCAUGUUCUUGUCAUGAAAUAUAUUUGCCUCCAGUCUUACAUUUAUGUUUCUCAGUGAGAAGAGUUGAGAUUUACUACAGGAGAAUUUCAGUUAAUGACUGGAUUGAACUAAUGACUGUGAGCUAGGAAAUAUGUACGUAAAUUAACAUUCAGCAAUCAUUUGUAUUUAUAACUGCAUUAUUCACAAGUUGAAUGGUUUUCUUUUGGCCUUUUUUUAAAAACAGAAUUUCUUAAAAUACAGAAAAAAGUUUUUUCUAUUCUGUAUAGUUUAUAGUAGGACAUUAAAUUUUCUUACAUGCAUCAUACAUCUUACAUUUUCUUUCUCUAUGCAAACACAUAAAAAAAGAUUGGAUUAACUCUCAAAAUCCUGAAUGUGUGUCAAAUAUGUUGCAUCCAUUUAUGUUCAAAUAAAUGUUGGAAAAAUUCAAAACUUGUAAUCAGUUCAUCUGUUGGUCAGUUGAACCCAUU